AGGAUUUUUGCAUCUUGUUCUGGGCAUUCACCGGAAUAUGGAAUUUUGCAACCCCUACAGCUAUUCUAGGUAAAGCAUGGCUUUCCAUGCAGUAAAGCAGCGGAGCAUUAACUUGGUAAACAUUAAACACACUUGGUGCAGCCAUCCUGAGUGGAAGGAGUCAAGCCAAAGCCAAGCCACUCCUAAAGAGGAAGAGCAAGAAAUGUGAUUUUGCCAUUAUUAAUUUACAGAUUUCAUUUCUGCAUUUGAGAGAGACAGAGAUAGAGAGAGAGCUUUUUUGUAUCAUAGAAGAACGUCUAUAAUAGAUUGGCUUUCUGUACUUGGAAAAUGACACGCUCCUUACAUCAGAGGUUCAGAGACUACCUAGCAAAGUGGCACAUUUACAAAACCCGUCUGGUAGCCAAAGAUGGACACUGCAACAUUGAAUAUGGCAAUGUGGGGUACAGCAGUCAUUUUGCAUAUGUGAAGGACCUCUGGACCACCUUUGUGGAGAUCCGCUGGCGUUACAUUAUUUUCUUUUUUGUGGCCUCCUUCACUCUUAGCUGGUUCAUUUUUGGACUUCUUUGGUACUGGAUUGCUCAUGAUAAUGGUGAUCUUUGGUGGCAAAAUCCACCUUCAGACCACAACCCAUGCAUAUAUAAUGUUUUUGGCCUCACAUCUGCCUUCCUUUACUCACUGGAAACACAGACAACUAUUGGUUAUGGUCUGCGAGCGAUCAGUCCAUACUGCCCUGGUGCUGUUGCCCUAAUUAUUAUCCAGUCCAUCAUUGGUUUACUUAUUAACUGCUUCUGGUGUGGACUGGUUAUGGCCAAAAUUGCUUUACCCAAGAAAAGAGCAAAGACCAUUUCCUUUAGUAACACUGCAGUCAUUUGUCCCAAAAAUUCUGCACUCUGUUUGCAGAUAAGAGUGGCCAACUUGCGAAAAACCUUAAUGAUUGGAAGCCAGCUAUAUGGUAAGUUGCUCAGGACAAACGUAACUCCUGAAGGUGAGACAAUAAUUCUCGACCAAGUCAAUAUUGAUUUUAUGGUCGAUGCUGGAAAAGACAACCUCUUUUUCAUUUGUCCGUUGACCUUGUAUCAUAUAAUUGACAAGACAAGUCCAUUUUUUAAGUUUGCUUCAGACACAAUGCUUCAACAGGAGUUUGAGCUGGUGGUGUUUCUGGAUGGUGUAGAUGAGUCCACCAGUUCCUCCUGCCAAGUCAGGACAUCCUACAUCCCUCAAGAGAUUAGGUGGGGUUACAAGUUCCUACCCAUCAUCUCCCGCAGUAAAGAAGGGAAAUAUCGUGUGGACUUCUCCAAUUUUGACAGAGUAGAACCAGUUGCAACUGCACACUGUGCUGAGUGCUUCUACAAUGGCCAAAGCCACCAUCAGAGUCUCAGAAAUGGCAUUGAUAACCAGGGUUUUGAAGUGAUUGAAAUUAUUGAUCAAAUCAGUGCUGAUGAAAUGUAAGAUGAUCCUAUGGAUUCACCAAUAGGCUUAUUUGCUCUACAAUAAAUGAAUAUAUAAAUAACAUAACAUAAGCAAAAACUCACAGCAAAAAUAAGUACUACCUGAAUAUGUUGCUUAGGCUUCCAUUUUCAAUUGAUUAAAUCAAUUUUACUUUUAAAAUCAACAUUAUAAAAGUAUAAUAAUUGAAUCUUAAUGAUCAUGACUGAUCCAUGAUCCUUUCUGACUCUUAGCAGCAUACAAUGAAACAAAAUCUGUGCUUUAGAAUAUAACAAAAUUCAACAUAGCUAGUUUUUACUGGUGUGAUUUACAACCGGUGUGUGGGUGUGGGUGUGUAAAGCAUGGGGCUUUUCUUACUCUUCUGUUAGCUUGUUGUGCUGUCAGAGUCACAAAGAUGAUUAUGAUGAUGCAAGAAGAUGAUUAUUGAAGGCAAAAUAUCUCUGAGACCAUCUAGUGGCUGGUUGUAAUGCAAUUUUUUUUCCAGGUUAGUGAAGGGAGCAGAUGACAUUCUUUCAUAUUAAGUUACAUUAACACAAAUUAUUUUUCUGGAAAAGUGUUUUGUUGUUUUUGCAAGUUCAUCUGACCCUGAUAUCUCCAUCAAUAACUUUCCAUCUAAUAAAUGUGGUUUAUGAGUUCUCAUCUCAUUAUC